AUCAUUCGAAUAAACAGAUUCAAACAGAGCAGAGGUUCUGAGCUCGGAAACCAAAUCUAUUACAUCUAUACCUGUUACAUUUUUAAAACAAUUACACGCCCAACACAUUCCAUACCACUAUUUAUACGCCGCAUCGAGGCUGCGCCUGUGACUUCAGGUCAUCGCAUUUAGUCCACCUUCUGCAGUUAGCAGUGAGAAAUCACAUAAACUACGGAAAAGUGAAAAUGGUUAAUCGUAACGGGAGACUGUCACAGCAUUUAUAUGAACUAAAUAAGUGCGAACAGGAGUCAGAGCUGACCACAAUUUCGGGUAUAAAUAUGCUCCACGCAGAGGAGUGGGAUAUCAAAGAGCUUCUAGCCUUCCGAAAAAGCACAACACAACGAAAUAUUCCACCAUGUUCAAAUACGCCGUCCUUGUCCUGAUAACCGUCGCCUGCGCUGCUGCCAAGCCCGAUCUCCUGGGUGCUGCCCUGGCGUACACUGGUCCUCUGGCUUACUCUGCUCCUCUAGACUACUCUGCUCUCGCUGCCGUGGUAACUGCUCCCACUCCACCUGUGACCGCCACCAGUAUCGCCAGGAACAACAAUGGAAUCGAUGCUGCUUCUGAGAUUGCUUCCGUUGCUGCUCCAGUGGUGGCCAAGUACGCUGCUGCUUCUUUGGCCUACCCUUCGCGUUUGGCCAACUCCGCUCCAAUCAGCUGCGCCUCUGCUGCUGCGCAGGUCAUCAUCUAA